UGCUAGAACAUCGAGUACCAGACAUGUUUUUCCUGCCGAUAUAUCGAAGCCCAAUAGCCCGCCAACGCUCAAAACAUAAAUCGGAGUGUGAGACCAGAUACCGAAGCCGUUAAAAGCUUCGCGGUAUAUCGAUAACAAUUUGGCGGUAAAAAUAUUAGAACAUCGAGUACCAACCAUGUUCUUUUUCCCUACCGAUUAAUCGAAGUCAAACAGCCCGCCAACGCUCCAAAUUUAAAUCGGAGUGUGAGACCAGCUACCGAUGCCGGUAAAAGCUUCGCGGGAUAUCGAUAACAAUCAGGCGGUUAAAAAUACUAUAACAUCGAGUACCAGCCGUGUUUUUCCUGUCGAUUUAUCGAAGUCCAACAGCCCGCCUUCGCUCCGAACACAAAUCGGCAAGUCAGUAGCUUUUUUAACCCGGCAGUGGCGCCUGUGCAGCAGCUAUUUAAAGUGAAAAACACGAAACGCAACAACAAAAUGGACGGCCAUAAUGGAGACAUAAAUGAAGGAUGGGCAACAGUACUAUCUAUCUCGUCGGAUGAUAGUAACCAACUUUCGUCGCCGCCGUCAAUUAUAGUCUCAUCGCUGGACACCACGCCAACGUCAAAUGAAACCACCAUAGUAAGAAGAAGCCUACACAACCCAAAAGCUGACAUGAAAUCUUACGAUUUUGAAAAUAUUGUAUUAAAUGAAAAUAAAAAUACCAUAUUGCCAGAUACUUUAUUUGUUGAUAAAUGCGGAAAUACUGCUAAUACCACAGAAGCCAAUGAAAAAAAGCCUGCCAAUAGCCCCUUCCCCAUUUCCAUUAGCAAGAAUUUUAGCACUUCCUCGCCACUAACACAUGUAGACACGCCUACACAAGAAGAUGACGCCAGUGCUUUCAAUACAUUGAAAGCAGCUAAAACAGCUAGAAUAAUUUUUCCCACACACACACAGAUAAAGCCCGCCAAACCCUCGCCCCCUUCCAAAGAAUUAAGCACAAACUCAGCACCCAAAACUCUUAGCUACACAGACAAAAUUACAGUAACACAGAAAAAUCUACCCGACAAAACACAUGUAGACACACCUACACAAGAUGACGACAUUAAUGCAACCAAAGCAUCAAAAACCGCCAAAAUAAUUUCUACACAGUUACGCCUACGUGAAACCAAGCCAACACAGCCCGCCAAACACCCCUCACCCCGCACCCAAAAGCCUAUUGCAAACAAAGCAGCCGAGACACUCACCCACACAGACAAACUCAUAGCAUCACAAAACCUAGUUCCCGCCAAAACACAUAUAAACUCCCCCACACAAUAUAAUGACACUAAUGCAACCAAAGCAUCAAAAACCGCUAAAAUAAAUUUCUCUUCACACUCACACCAAAGUGAAACCAAGCCAACACAGCCCGCCAAAAACAUUUCACCCCUCACACAAAAGCAAAUCACAAGCGAAUCAGCCGGGACACACACCCAUACAGACAAACACAAAAACACAGCAUCACAAAAUCUCUUUCCCGCCAAAACACACAUUAACUCACCCACACAACAUAACGACACUAGUGCAGCCACAGCAUCAAAAACCGCUAAAUUAAUUCUCUCCCCACACUCACACCCAAGUGAAACCAAGCCAACACAGCCCGCUUUAAGCCCCUCACCCCUCUCCCAGAAGCAAAUAACAAGCAUAGCAGCCAAGACACUCACCCACACAAACAAACACACAGCAUCACAAAACUUUAUUCCCGCCAAAACACAUAUAAACAUACCCACACAAUAUAACGACACCAAUGCAACCAAAGCAUUAAAAACCGAAAAAGCAGCUUCUCCCUCCCACACAUACUCACGCCAGACAAAACCAAUAAAGCCCACCAUAAACGCAUUGCAUGCCGCCCAAGACACAAACCCAAGCCCAGCAAGCAGUGCUGUCACUUACACAGACAAACCCACAGCUACUCAGAAUAUUUUUCCUGUCAAAACUUUUGCAGAGCUGAUUAGAGAAAAUGCAAAACGCUCACCAACUCCAAUGCAAAAUCCCCCUCAAGCAAAACAUGACUCUGCCGCCCUCGGACGCCCUCCGACUGCAGCUAGAAAAAACCUAAAUAAAACACUGAUUUCUCCUAAAACUCCUGGGAAGCGCUGUGGGGACUGUCUUGAUGAAGGCCUACUUCAAACCUCUAACAAAAAGGUUAGAAUACGCGACGACUUCUCUGAUGAUGAUCUGGGGGUCACAAACCUACUCUCUGAAACACCCUUAUUCAAAAGCAAAGCAGCUAUUAAGAUUCGGCAAGACUCGAGAAGAGAAUCCCUGCAGAAGUCAGCUGAAAUGGACACAGCUCCAGCAAUAAGUCCCUCAAACGCAGCAGCCGAUCCCGACCUACCGCCCUGGAAAACUGUUCCAGCUAGCAGAAAACCACCAUCAAUCUUCCUGUCCAAUAUACAGCAGAUUAUCCCGCUAAUAGAAAAACUAAACUAUAAAGCCGGGGUAAAUAGCUUUACUACCAAGUCUGAACUUGGCAACAAUAUUAGAAUCCAGGCUAAAACGAUGGACGCCUACAAUGCAAUUCAGAAUGUCCUCCUUGAAGCAAACAUUCCCCUACACUCUCACCAGCCAAAGAGUGCAAAGGGCUUCCAAAUUGUAAUUAGGCACCUCCACCAGUCAACCCCGACCAAAUGGAUUGAAAGCCAACUUCAAGACAUCGGUAUAGCUACAAAAUUUAUCAGGGCAAUGCAGUUUAGGGACACGAGAAAUCCUAUGCGCAUCCAUGAGGUUGAGGUUGUACCCAAGGCUGACGGCAGCCAUCUUAAGGUCCUGCUAAUAAAAUCCCUUGGAGGACAAACGGUCAAGGUUGAAAGGAAACGGGUAUCGAAGGAUCCUACACAAUGCCAUCGCUGCCAAUGCUUUGGACACACAAAAAAUUAUUGCAGAAACCCGUUUAAAUGUAUGAAAUGUGGCCAGCUGCACGCCACGGUCUCAUGCACCAAACCCAAAAACCUUCCGGCUACUUGUGCAAACUGCAAUGGAAGCCACGUUAGCAGCUAUAAAGGAUGUCCUGUUUUCCAAGAAGCAAAGCAAAGACUAUCUAUCAACAAAAUUCAAUCCCUUCACUCACAACCCACCCACCUUCAGACCCCCCGCAAUAAACAUCCCUACCCAAAACCCACCCACAUUCAGACGCCCCUCAAUAAGCAGCCCUACACACACCCCCUCCCUCGCACAUUAGUAAACAACACAAAACUACCUGCCAAAAGAAUCCAAGGAAAGAAGAUAUCGCAAAGGAAUCUAUCUAUAAAUAAACGCUUAAACAGAAUCAGGACAUUGGACAGAAAACCGAGGAAUGAGACAAGCCCGCCGACAACUAGCAAAAAGGCCUUGGCCUCUCUAGAAGAAAGCAGAAAAAACCCAAAUAGCGCCCUAAACCCGGCCAACACCCAUCUCACUCAUUUCCGCCCACCACCAUUAGCACAAAAUAUUCCUAAUGACGAAUCUAAGGAGGUGAGUGGGGAGCAAUACCUUUUAAAUCGCAUUGAAGGGAUGGAAAAGAAGCUCAACAACCUUCUUGAAAUCGUCACCCGCCUACUAAGCCAAGGAAAAGACUGUCCAAAAUCUCCAAAAAAUCCUUUCCGAGAUCCAAUCUUCGUUUAAAUGCUCUUUCUAGUAACAUCAGAAAGUGACGUCUCCUAUGACUCGGGAGUGCAACAGGGACAUCCUUAAAAUCGCUUUCUGGAAUGCUGGUGGGAUCAACAAUAAAAUAGAUGAGCUUAAGCUGUUCAUUCUAAAUAUUGAUGCCCACAUAAUCAUAGUCACCGAAACUAGACUAGACAACAAUUCUACCAAACUAGAGCUGCCAGGAUAUUUCACAUACUUAGCCCAAAAUCCUGCCUCUAGCAAGAGAGGAGGAGUCGCCACGAUAGUAAACAGUAGUCUCCGCCACAUGGCCUUAGAACCGAUUGAAAAGGAAUGCAUACAGAGUGCCCCAAUAGUAUUACUGCCUGAAAACAACAGACGCAGCGAAAUGAUUGUAAUAGCAUCUGUCUACUGUCCGCCUUCGCUAAGCUGGUCGCCCCACCAUUUUACUGACGUUCUCAAUUUUGCUGAGAAAACUAUGGGAGGGCAGACUAAGCUCAUUCUAUGUGGCGACUGGAACGCAAAACAUAGACAAUGGGGUUGUAUACGCGCCUGCCAACGUGGCGCCGCACUCUACGAUGCAAUUCAAGCAGACUCCAUGGCUGAAAUCGUCGCGACUGGCAGCGCUACACAUUUCCCGCACGAUACAAGGAAAAGCCCGUCAGCAAUAGACUUCUCGAUAUGUAAACGGCUUGGCAGGUAUGAAAAAAGAAUCUCCUCAAGUGCACACCUAUCCUCAGACCAUCUUCCCAUCUUACUUGAGAUAAACCUAGAUAUAAAAACCAUCUCCCUGCAAAAACAAAACAACAAUAUCCUCAAGAAAACAACGAACAUUGAGCUCUUUAAGAACGUUCUAGAAAGGAAGAUACUUCUAAACACUGAGAUAAGGGUAGCAGAAGACAUAAAUGAUGCCAUAAACAUCUUUAUUAAAAACAUCAAGGACUCGGCUGCUGAAUCAACUCCCUCCCCAAGAAUUCCUGAUAACCACAGAAGAAGAUAUGGGCAAGCUAACAGAAAUAGUCAUACGCUCACACUAGACGAAAACACAAGCAGAUUGCUGGAAGAAAAACGUAUACAAAGUAGAAUUUUUAAAGCUACUAGAACGAACGAGGACAAAACUAAACUAAAAGCAGCUGAAAAUCGACUUAAAAAAGCAAUUAAAAUCUUAAGAGAAAAGAGAAUCAAUGAGCAAAUUGCAGGAAUUGACACAAAUAACCCGGACAGAAUGAGGAAAAUUUGGAGGCUGCUAGAUGAAGGGAAAAAAAUGAAUCAACCCAACUUUCCCCUCAAAUUAGAAACCAAAAAAGGCCCUAAAUGGACUAAAACAAUUAAGGAGACAACAGAAGCGUUUGUCUCCCACUUGGAAGGAAGAUUCAAGCCAAAUAAAAUUGUACCUGAUUACCACAUAGAUAAGGUUAACACCGGACUAAGAAUAAUUAAGGAAAGCAUGCUAACAGAACGACAUAAUCUAAACAAAAACCCCCAUAACCAACCCAUUACGCUAAACGAAUUAAAUGAAGAAAUAAAAAACUUAAAGAAUAGCAAAGCACCUGGUAAAGACCUUAUAACAAACCAGCUCAUAAAAACCCUACCGACUAAAGCUACCCUGUACCUUAUCCUAAUCUAUAACUCCAUACUUAGAUUAGGAUACUACCCUGAAGCCUGGAAACAUGCACAGGUAAAAAUGAUCCUGAAGCCAGGGAAAAGCUCAAACGAGCCGAAGUCAUACAGGCCGAUUAGUCUACUCUCGGGACUCUCUAAAAUGUUUGAAAGACUACUCCUAAAAAGACUUUUCAGGGUAGAUCUAUUCAAAAAAGCCAUACCACUGCACCAAUUUGGCUUCAGAAAAGAGCACGGAACUGAGCAGCAAAUAGCCAGGGUCACCCAGUUCAUCCUCGAGGCCUUCGAGCGGAAGGAAUACUGCUCAGCGGUUUUCCUUGACAUCUCUGAGGCCUUUGAUAGGGUAUGGCACGAAGGCCUUUUACUUAAAUUAGCUAAGAUCCUACCUUACAACCUAUACAUUAUACUGGAGAGCUACCUUACAAAUAGAACGUUCGAAGUUAAAGACCAAGCAGGAGAGACUUCGAGAACAGGACAAAUAGGCGCAGGAGUGCCUCAAGGAAGCAAUCUCGGACCACUACUUUACUCUAUCUUCUCCUCUGACAUGCCCCUCCCAUAUAUCUACCGCCCUUCACCAACACAAAGAAUUAUGCUCUCAACAUACGCAGACGACACUAUAGUCCUCAGCUCAGACACACUAGCAACUGCCACCACAAGAAACAACGAAAACUACCUCAAGACAUUUUCGGACUGGGCGGACAAAUGGGGUAUCUCAGUAAACGCUGCUAAAACCGGACAUGUCAUUUUUACAUUAAAAAACGACUUACCUACAAACUCAAUGAAUGUGAAGAUCAAGGGUCAAACAAUAAAGAAGGAAAGCAAGCAAUCAUACCUUGGCGUAACCCUUGAUAGCAAGCUAACCCUUAGCUCUCACGUCACAAAGCUAUUGGGUAAAUACUCUACAGCCUACAGAAAAUUGACAUGGAUCCUAAACGGAAGAAGUAAACUCCCUACUAAAACUAAGAUACUGAUCCUUAAAUCAGUUUUAUCACCAAUAUGGCAGUAUGCCAUAGCAGCUUGGGGUCCCCUUGUGACAGAUGCACAGAUAAGGAGGGUCCAGGUUGAGGAAAACAGAAAAAUAAGAGACAUAUGUAGAGCGGGAAGAUAUACGAGAAACCAAACUAUAAGGGACCUUUUUGGCGUCAAAACAGUAGAAGAAUUCUAUCAACAGGCUAUGCACAGGUUCUCAGAAACUAUAAAAUCGCACCCAAAUAUAGCUGUUCGCAGGAUUCUCUCUAGGCACUAUAUCCCGAACAGACUAGAAAGAAGCAGGCAGAGGUACUUUAAAAUGACAAAUGAUCAUAUCACGCAAAAGCAGACUGGACUUACCCUCUCACCUAAACUCUUAAAAAUCCCUGAUAUAGAUGACUGCAGAACCGUAAAAAAGCGUAGCGAGAGAGAGAAAAUAAGACAAAUGCAUCUAACUGAACUCCCCACCUUGCUGAGACUAGAGGAAGAGGAGGAAGAGCUCAAAAGAAUAAAAAAACAGGAAGAAAGGGAAAAAAGAGAAAGGGAAAACCAAAAGUGGCCUCCAGAUAGAUGGUGCGAAUUGGAAAUAAACCGAUAUAAUAAACAAUAUAGAAAGGGCGACCUAACCAGGCAGGAAGUUAUAGAAAAAUUCAGAGGGCAACCAUUAAAUGUACAACGAAUAAUCCUACCCGACUAUGAAGGGGACUAAAAUUAAAUCAAAACAAACCAGGACAGGAGCAGAAGGCAGAAAUAAUCAAAACUGGCGGAAGGGGUGGCAAAAUAUUGAAAAGAGAGGAAAGAAAUAUAAAAAGGCUAAAGGCUAAGUUACAGGUUACAUAAAAAGGGAAAUCUGCUUAUAUAUACUAUGGUAAAAUUAACUUAACUAAUCACCUACUGGUUAACAAAAUAAUUAUGCCUGCAUGGCACAAGCUGCGCUCUCAAAUCAUUUCUCCUGACGCUAUUGAAAAUCCAUCGUUACUUUCCAACCGAGGGACUUGCGACUGCGGUCUUUCCGCCUUAUUGGCUCCUUAUGGAUCCAUCUGCUGCCGUAUUGGGCGACACACCAGCGCUCCAACCUAAAAGAGAGAUAACAUGUUUUAAUUCACUUUCCUUUUCUCAUAAACUAAA